GUCAUCGCUGCCCUUUGUCGUGGGGCCAUUUUUGGCACCAAGGCCGCAGCACUCAGGAUGAACGUAAUUCAGAUUGUUCGUGACCACUGGGUACAUAUACUUGUGCCCAUGGGGUUUGUCCUUGGAUGUUAUCUAGACAGAAAGAAUGAUGAAAAGCUGACUGCCUUCCGGAACAAGAGUUUGUUGUUUAAAAGGGAAUUGAGACCCAAUGAAGAAGUCACCUGGAAGUAAAGGCCCCGUGACUGAAUUACAGAAUGUUCACAUUUUAAAA